AUGUGAGUCCCACCAUUAAGCCCACCUUCAUGGGAGAAAUAGAGACUCCCAACUAUCUAAUAAUUUUCCGGUUCAAGUCCCUUUAACUUUAUGUACCCCAAAAUUAAAUUUGCCUCAAAAAGUCAAGAACACUACAGUCUGCACUAGUCAGAACCAUGGAAGAUCACAACGACGACGCCAUUUCCAGUUCCGAAGCUUCGAGGCUCCGGUGGCACGUGUUCUUGAGCUUCAGAGGCGAAGACACACGCUACCCCUUCAUAAACAACCUCUACACCACGCUCCACAACAAAGGCAUCCGAGCUUUUCGCGACGACGAUGGGUUGCGCCGCGGAGACGAGAUCGCUCCGACUCUACUCGACGCGAUAGAGGAGUCCGCAGCUUCCAUCGUCAUCAUCUCCCAAAACUACGCGUCGUCGAGGUGGUGCCUAGAGGAGCUUUCCAAGAUAUGCGAGUGUAAGAGGCUUAUUCUCCCUGUGUUCUACCUAGUCGACCCCUCGGAUGUUCGGAAACAAAGAGGACCCUUCUUCGGAAAACAUUUUAGGGAGCAUGAAGAGAAGGGAAUUGAGAAGGAAAAGGUGACGAAGUGGAGGGAAGCCAUGGAAACAGCUGGUGGAAAGGCUGGUUUUGUUUUCCAAGACAAAGACAAAGACAGCAAUGAGGCACAAGCAAAGUUGAUUCAACUUUUAGUCAAAAGGGUAUUGGAAGAACUAGACAGUACCCCACUGGAUGUGGCUCCAUAUACAGUAGGACUCGAUUCUCGUAUUGAAAAACUGAAGAGCUUGUUAGAUGUUAGAUCCAAUGGCGUUCGAGUUUUGGCAUUACAUGGGAUGGGUGGGGUUGGUAAGACCACACUUGCUAAAGCUCUUUACAAUAAACUCGUUGGUAGCUUUGAGUGCCUCGUUUUCAUGAAAAAUGAUAGAGAAAAUUCUGAAACAGAUGAUGAUUUAGUGUACCUUCAAAACAAACUUGUCAAUCAUCUUUCUCCUGGUAAGCCUCCUGUGUAUAGGAUUGAUUCUGGUAUCUCUGCAAUCAAAGCCAUGGUUCAUGAGAAGCAAGUUCUUGUUAUUUUGGAUGAUAUUCGCAAUGUAAGACAGCUUGAAGUGCUAGUCAGGAGAGAUUGGUUUUCUGAAGGGAGUAGAAUUAUUAUUACCACAAGAGACAGUGAAGUUUUACCCAAGCAUCUUGUGAAUGAGUUUUAUGAGGUCAUAGAGUUGGCCCCCACUGAGGCGCUACAACUUUUUAGCUACCAUGCACUAAGAAGAGAGAAACCCACAGAAAGAUUUAUGAAUCUAUCCAAGAAAAUGGUCUCUCUUACAGGAGGUCUACCAUUGGCCCUGGAAGUAUUUGGUUCCUUUUUGUUUGAAAGGUGGAGAAUAGAGGAAUGGAAAGAUGCUUUGCAAAAAUUGGAAAGGAUUCGUCCACACAAUCUUCAGGAUGUAUUGAAGAUAAGUUAUGAUGGGUUAGAUGUACAAGAACAAUGUAUAUUCCUUGACCUUGCAUGUUUAUUCAUUAAAAAGGAAAUUGAGAGAGAGGAUAUACUUGAUGCAUUGAAAGGUUGCGGUUUUAGGGCUGAGAUAGCAGUUACAGUGCUCAGAGCAAGAUCACUCAUUAAGGUUUUUGAGGACAAUUCUUUGUGGAUGCACGAUCAGAUUAGAGACAUGGGAAGACAAAUUGUUCUAGAUGAAAGUCCUGUAUAUCCUGGUAUGCGUAGUAGACUGUGGGAUCGUGAUGAAAUCAUGACAGUCUUAAAGGGUGAGAAGGGAACAAGACGUAUUGAAGGAAUUGUCCUAGACUUUCAAAGGAGGCCCAUUGUUCAGGAUGCAAGUGGUGAGAGAAUUUCUUGGGAAAACCUUCUAAGAACACCCAAUUUCACCUCUGCAUUAACAUAUGCGAAAGAAAGGUAUAAGAAAUUUCUUCAGGAUAUUGCUGAGAAAGAAAGAGAGGUAGUACUUUGCACUAAGCCAUUUGAAUCAAUGGUUAAUCUAAGACUUCUUCAAAUUAACCAUGUGAGAUUGGAAGGGAAGUAUAAAUAUCUUCCAGCUGGACUGAAGUGGCUACAGUGGAAAGGAUGUCCUUUGAAAGCUCUUCCUUCUGAAUUUCUUCCUCGAGAACUUUCUGUUCUUGAUCUCUCCGAAAGCAGAAUUGAGCAAGUGUGGGGUUGGUAUAGUAACAAGGUGGCUGAGAAGUUGAUGGUUAUUAAACUCCGCAAUUGCUACAAUCUAGCUGAUAUUCCCAAUUUAUCUGGGCACCAAAACUUGGAAAAGCUUGUUCUUGAAGGUUGCUGUAGACUUACUAAGAUUCAUGAAUCAAUUGGGAACAUAAGUACAUUACGUCAUUUGAACAUGAGAGAUUGUUCAAACCUUAUUGAAUUUCCUACUGAUAUCUCAGGGCUGAAACAUCUUGAAAACCUUGUCCUCUCUGGCUGCUCAAAGUUGAAAAGGUUACCAAAUGACCUACGUAGCUUGAAGUGUUUGAAAGAAUUUCUUCUUGACGAAACUGCUAUAGAGGAGCUGCCUACAUUCAUUUACCACCUAACAAAACUUGAAAAGCUUAGUUUGAAAAGAUGCCAAUUUUUGACAACACUACCUGAGUGCAUUGGACAGCUGUGCUCCCUGAAAGAACUCUCUCUUAAUCAUUCUGCUAUUAAGGAAAUACCUGAUUCUGUUGGAUCUUUAUCAGACCUUGAGAUACUAAGUUUGAUAGGGUGCAAAUCAUUCACCACAAUUCCUGAUUCUGUUGGCAAUCUCAAGUCUUUGACAGAACUUCUAAUUUAUGGUAGUGCAAUUGUAGUACUGCCUCCCUCUAUUGGCUCGUUAUCAUUUUUGAAGGAGUUAUCUGUUGGAAAAUGUCUGUCUCUGAUUGAAUUGCCUGAUUCAAUUGAAGGACUAGGUUCUCUGGUUGAGAUUAAUUUAGAUUGGACAUCAAUCACACAGCUGCCAAAUCAGGUAGGUGACUUGAAAAUGCUAAGGAAGCUUGAGAUGUGGAACUGUAAAAAUCUUAAAUUUUUACCAGAAUCAAUUGGAAGCAUGCUGGCUCUUAUGACUUUGAACAUAUCUAAUGCCAAAAUUUCUGAAUUGCCAGAAUCCAUAGGGAUGCUGGAAAAUCUUAUUACAUUAAGAUUGAGUAAUUGUACACAGCUCUAUAAACUUCCAGCAUCGAUAGGAAAUUUGAAGUCUUUACAGCGGUUGCUGAUGGGAGAAACUGCUGUGGCAGAAUUGCCCGAAAGCUUUGGGAAGCUCUCGAGCUUAAUGAUAUUAGAAAUGCCUAAGAAGCCUUAUUUUGAGUUACCUAGAAACAGUGUGCCUAAUUCUACAGUACUUCCAACUUCUUUCUCCAAUUUAUGCUCGCUAAAAGAACUAAAUGCUCGUGCUUGGAAACUAUGUGGGAAGAUUCCUGAUGAUUUUAAAAAGUUGUCAUCAUUGGUGAUUUUGAAUCUAGGCCACAAUAAUUUUUUCAGUCUCCCAUCCAGCUUGAUGGACCUUUCCAAGCUCAAAAAACUUUUAUUGCCCAACUGCGAAGAGCUCAAGUCUCUCCCUCCGCUUCCCUCAAGCUUGGUGGAGGUGAAUGUUGCAGACUGUCCUGCUUUGGAAAGGGUGUCUGAUCUUUCAAACUUGGAAAGCUUAGAGGAGCUGAACCUUACAAACUGUGAGAUGGUGGUGGAUAUUCCAGGCCUUGAAUGCUUGAAGUCCUUGAGAAGGUUGUACAUGAGUGGGUGCAAAACAUGCUCAUCUGUGGUUAAAAGAAGACUUUCUAAGGUUUCUUUGAGGAAUAUGUUCUCUCUUAGCAUGCCUGGAAGCAAAAUUCCAGAUUGGUUUUCUCAAGAGGUAGUUAAAUUUUCAGAACGCAAAAACCUUAGGAUCAAAGGUGUGAUAAUAGGUGUUAUUGUCUCUUUCAGCCAUCAAAUACCAGAUAACUUAAGAGAUCAAGACCCUUUACUAACAGGUAUACGAGCAAAUAUUGUCAAACUGAAUAGACCUGUGUUCAAUGCAAUGUUGGACAUAAAGAAUGUUCCAAAGACACAUGAAGAUCAUCUUUACUUGUCUCGGUUUCCAGAGUGGCAUCCGUUAUCAUUUUCAUUGAAAGAUGAUUAUAAGAUACAUGUAACAAUAGACGACCCACCCUACAUUGAGGGACUCAAGCUGAAAAAGUGGCGGGUCCAUUUGGUUUUUGAAGGUGAUGAUGAUUAUGAUGGAAAUGAAGAAUCGUUGGAUGAAACCCAACUGUCCAUUUCUGAAAAACUAGCCAAGUUUUUCAGCUUUCUUGAAGAGGAAGAAGAUCACAUCCCCGAAUCAGGCUUUGAAGUCGAAAGCCAAGUGCAAGAGAUUGAGGAACAAGAAGAAAUUGAAAGAGAGCCUCAUUGGUGGCAAUUUUUGUGGCUUUUUCGAAGGUGCUUCUGCUUUUGAAGGAGGAGAAGCUACCUGCAAGGCUGCAGCCCCUUCGAAGUUGCAACCAAGCAGAUACAACUUGAAGUCUAUCUUUAUUUUCAGCUGUCAUUGUUAACUUUAUUUAUUAUUCUAUUACACACAACCUAUUACACACUUUUUUUUUUAAUUGAAAUUGUGAGUUGAAGAUACAAUUUCCAACUUGAAAAUGUGUUUUCAACUCACAAUUUCAGUUGUUACACACUUUUUUGAUCUGAAAUUGUGAGUUAAAGAUACAAAUUUUGACUUGAGAUUGCCUUUUCAAUUUACAAUUUCAAUUAAAAAAGAAGUGUAAUAGUGUGUGUAAAACUGUGUAUAUAAUACCACUACGCACUCUUUUCAAUUUACUAGUGUGUAUAUUGUAAUAAAAAAGUGUAUAUAUUGUAAUAAAAACUAUCCAAUCUGAAAACAUGAUUUUACUUAAAGUCUU